UUUUAAUUCACACUUCUUUGUACAAAGAAAAGACGAGAUUGUUAGUUGGUUCAUGGUUGUAUUGUUUUUCUCUUCUUUUCUUUUGCCGGGAUUUAUUUAUUUAUCUAUUUUAAUAGCUCAAAGAGAAGAUUCUUCAUUUCAAAUGAAAUGAGUUUUCAAAUGUUUAUGUUUGACAAAAACCCAGUUGAAAUUCCUAUUGGGUAAUGUGGAAAUAAAUCGCUUCAUCAUUACUCUUGAAUUCCAGCUGAUAGUUCUUUCUUCGAAGUUAUUUUUUUAUUUAAAUCUUCUUUUUUCUUCUGUCGAUGGAAAGAAGCGAAGAUGAUACCAUCUUGGAAGAGGAAUUAGCUGUUGAUGAAGAUGAUUGUGAAGCACCCAUUUUGAAUUCAAAAGUUUUCUUGGAUCAUGUUGGAGAAGUACUUCUGACUCAUAAUUCAGAUGGCUUGUCCUGGGAACCCCUUACUUCCUUUGAUAAUGAUGGAUCAUCAUACUUGAGAACUAAACUUAGUGCUAAACUUCCUAGUGAAAUCAAAAUUUCUGAUGUCUAUGCUGUUGAGUUAAUCAACUAUGGUUCAAUUCAUAAAGUAAGUCAUCCAAAUGCAGGAAAUAUAUUGUUGGGACGUGAGACUCUUGAUUCUAAGAUGUUCCGCUUUAUGGUGCAUAGUUUUCGAAAGUCAAAAACACAGCCAAAUGUUUGGGUCUUGGCUGUGUACACCUUUGGUCACAAGGAUCUGCCAACAUGUGAGAUGUGGGUGAAUAGACUUAGUGCUUCUUUGAGUUUAGAAGUGGGAAGACCAAAGAAUCUUCUGGUUUUUGUUAAUCCAAUGAGUGGGAAGACCAAUGCCGGUAGAACCUGGGAAACUGUGGCUCCUAUAUUUGCACGUGCUAAAAUUGAGGCAAAGGUGGUUGUUACGGAGAGAGCAGGACAUGCGUUUGAUGUGAUGACAUCUACUACAAACAAGGAGUUUAACUCAUAUGAUGGUGUUAUAGCUGUUGGUGGAGAUGGUUUCUUCAAUGAAAUCCUUAAUGGGUAUCUUUCUUCAAGAUAUAAAGCUCCUUAUCCACCAGCCCCAACAGAUUUCGCUCAUUCUGUUGGGAGUGAUGAUUGUUCUUUAGUUCACAAUCCUGACAAAAGAGUUGUUGAGGCUUCUGAUCCGAAUGAUGACCAGUAUCCUCGUCUGCCAAGUUCACAACAUUAUGGGUCAGGAUCAUCAAAUUUCCUUCAAGAUGCUGAGUUUCCUCACCACAAUGAAUGGUUUAGGUUUGGAAUCAUUCCUGCUGGUUCAACUGAUGCUAUAGCGAUGUGCACCACUGGAGCUCGAGAUCCUGUAACAUCUGCACUUCACAUUAUCCUGGGAAAAAGGGUGUGUCUUGAUAUAGCUCAAAUUGUGAGUUGGAGAGAAACAGCUACAUCAAAGGUUGAGCCUCGUGUACGAUAUGCGGCUUCCUUUGCUGGAUAUGGAUUUUAUGGAGAUGUGAUCACUGAGAGUGAAAAAUAUCGCUGGAUGGGCCCUAAGCGAUAUGAUUAUGCGGGAACUAAAGUAUUUAUGAGACACAGGUCAUAUGAAGCUGAGGUAGCUUACCUUGAUGUUGAAUCGGGAAAGACACAUGCAGUCCCUGAUAGGGGCCGUCGAUUUGGUAGAUUACAAACUUCAAGGAGUCGAAGUAAAUCUGAGAGAGUGAUUUGUCGUACGAAUUGCAACAUCUGCAACAAAAAGUCAAGUCAUUCAAUGCCUUACUCCUGUCCUAAAGAAACAAGAUGGUUGCGAUCCAAAGGACGUUUUCUUAGUGUUGGUGCUGCCAUAAUCUCAAACCGUAAUGAAAGAGCACCUGAUGGUUUGGUGGUUGAUGCACACCUUUCAGAUGGCCUAUUGCAUCUGAUAUUGAUUAAAGACUGUCCUCAUGCAUUAUAUUUAUGGCACUUGACUGAGCUUGCGAGGAAAGGUGGAAACCCCCUUAACUUUGAGUUCGUGGAACACCACAAGACUCCAGCUUUCACAUUUACUUCUUCUGGAAAUGAUAGUGUCUGGAAUAUAGACGGCGAGCUCUUUCGAGCACACCAACUCUCUGCUCAAGUAUUCCAAGGCCUUAUUAGCUUAUUUGCAUCCGGUCCCGAAGUUUAGUAGACAACCAUCUAUGAGUCUCUGCAAAGAAUCUCAAACCUAUGAACAACACUCAGCUAAUUUCAAUUGAUUUAGUAUUUGUAACAUAUCCAAACUGAGAGGCUACUGAAAAUUGGCCUUAUUUUAAGUGGUCUUGAGUUUCAGCCACUCUGUGUCGUUGGCUAGAAGGGUUAAGAUUGUUUAGGAUUAUCCUGCCUCAAAAAUAAACAAUAAGAAAAAUAGAAUUGGUAAA